GUGACGUCCACCGACUUCCGCCUGGGGGGAUGACAGAGGCGAGGCCUUUGGUGUGAGAUCCAGACUUCAGGUGCUCAGAGGCCUGUGUGUCUCCAUCACCCAUCUCCUGCCCACACUCCUGUGUGCUGUACCUGACCAGAGCCAUCAUGCCUCACCACCACGAUGAUCAAAGAAAUCAGUGCGGCAGUCUUGAGAAAGGCCUUCAGGCCCAAAGGGUGGCUCAGGGCCUGGUAGGUGCACAAGCUCCCGGGGCUCAGGAGGAGGAGGUGGCUACCUCCUCUACUGUGAUCCCCAGCAUCCUGGAGGAGGCUGGUGCUGCUGAAACACCGAGUCCUCCCGGGAGUCCUGAGGGAGACUCGUCCUCCCCCACUAGCCUGCACCACUCCGAUGAGGGAUCCAGCAGUGAAGAAGAGGAGGGGCCAAGCACUUACAAGGAUCCAGAAGACUCGGCCUCCAAGGCACUAGAAGAGAGGAUGUCUGAUUUGGUUCAUUUCCUGCUCCUCAAGUAUCGCUUCAAGGAUCCGAUCACCAAGGCAGAAAUGCUGAAUAUUGUCCUCAAUGAUUACCAAGAUCACUUCCCUGAGAUCUUUAUGAAAGCGUCCGAGUGCAUGCAGAUGGUCUUUGGCGUGGAUGUGAAGGAAGUGGAUCCUGCCGGCCACUCCUAUGUUCUCGUCACCACCCUGGGCCUCACCUACUAUGAGGAGCUGAAUGAUGACCAGCGUUUUCCUAAGUCCGGUCUCCUGAUCAUCAUGCUGGGUUUGAUCCUCUUCGAGGGCGACUGCGCCCCGGAGGAGGUCAUCUGGGAAGCCCUGGGCGGGAUGGGGGUGCAUGCUGGGAGUGAGCAUUAUAUCUACGGGGAGCCCCGGAAGCUCAUCACCCAGGAUUGGGUGCAGGAAGGGUACCUGGAAUACCGGCAGGUGCCCGACAGCGAUCCUGCAUGUUAUGAGUUCCUGUGGGGUCCAAGGGCCCAUGCGGAAACCAGCAAGAUGAAAGUCCUGGAGUAUGUGCUCAAGGUCAAUCGGAGCGAUCACAGAUCCUUCCCACUCCUGUAUGAAGAGUCUGUGAGAGAUGAGGAAGAGGGGGCGUGAGCAAGAGUUGCAGCCAGCUAUGGGGGGAGGGCCCAGGGCCAGUGCACAUCCGCGUCCCCUUCCAGCAGCUCCUCCUGCCCCAUGAGAAAUGAGUCCUCUCUCUACUCUGUGUUUGAAGAGAGCAGGCAGUGUUUUAAGUAGUGGAGGGUCCGAGUAGCUUGGGGAAACCACCAGAGCAUAACAUUUUGUGCUCCUGUUACAUUUGGGUGACUUAGAAAUUGACGUUUGUUUUCCUUUUGGCAUUUUAAAAAAUUUGUUCUUUUUCAUUGAAGAUUUAGUUAGCUUCACCACCUAAGUUGGUGAAUGAUAUUGACCACACAUGUAAUUUUAUCAAAUGUAAGAGUUCACUGUUUUGUAAAACGAACGAGGAAACCUUCCAUUUCAUGUUGUUGCUUGGAACAAGGUGGAAUUGGAAUUUUCAUUGCAAUAGGAAUUUUCUUAGAAAUGUGAAAGAAUGUUGCAUUUAAAUAUAUGGAGCUAUGAAAUAGAGCAAUAAAAUUUAAAGACAGUUAUUUCUUGGCA